AUGGACUUUGUUUGGUCAACGUGGGCCAUGCCAACCCAUCCCAACAAUUUAUUGUUAUUAUUUUACCUUGUGAACCACGGUGUGGAGGAGGAUUUUAAGAAGCAAGUGUUUGACGAGAGUGCUAAGUUCUUCUGACUUCCACUCCAACACAAAAUUAACUUGUCUCGCAAGGACUAUAGAGGUUACACUCCUCUUUAUGCUCAAAAACUUGACCCUACUUCACUCUCCAAAGGUGAUCCAAAAGAAAGCUAUUACAUUAGCUCUUUAGCAGAUACCACUAGUGUUCGUCUCAAUCAAUGGCCUUAUGAGGAUUUACUGCCAAAUUGGAGGUCCACAAGGGAAUCCUUAUUUUGGAAAAUACAGUCAGCUGGCAAAAAGUUGUUGUCUCUAAUUGCCUUGUCUUUGAAUCUUAAUGAAGAUUACUUUGACAAGAUAAAUGACUUAAACACACCCGAAGCUUUUCUUCGACUUUUGCGCUAUCAAGGUUUAUUACCAUUUCCUUUAUUUUCUCAACAUUCACGUUGUUUCGCCGAUCCGACCAUUGAAGACGAAGACCUGAAUGUUGCGAACCUGCUGUCAAAAAAUCAGUCUGAUCCAAGGAUCUGCAAGGAGAAGUUAAAGCAACCUCAGGUAUGGGACGAUGUUCCUAAUGUAGAAGGGGCCUUAAUUGUGAACAUUGGAGAUAUGAUGGAGAGGUGGACAAGUUGUGUAUACCAGUCAACACUUCACAGAGUUAUGCCAACAGGAAAAGAACGUUAUUUGGUAUUAUUACUUCUCUGAUUCUCAGACUGUGUAGUGGAAUGUUUUGAAAGUUGCUGCAGUGAAUCAACUCCCCCCAGAUUCCCUCCAAUACGUAGUGGGGACUAUUUGAAUGAACGGUUCAAGAUCAUAUAUGGUUCUGAAAGGGAUCUUAAAGUCUAGUCAAAUAUUCCACACAUGGAUAUAUUAAUUAAAAUACUUGCUUCAUUUUGAAUAAAUUACUUACUAAAAUCUCAUCUAUUACUGCUUUAAAACUCUCACACAAUUGUAAGAUUGUUGGUCGUUGUCGUGUCACAUUAUUAUCGAGCUUAUUAUUGAUA